CGUUUCGAUUCCAUGAUCUGACUACAGUCUACAGCUACUCUAUAGUACAAUCAUUUUGAUUCAGAGUCUAAGAAAACGCCACGGUUUGUUUCUGUAUUCUAUAUUGCUCUUGAAACAACUUCAGGCCGGACAAAGUUAGGUACCAUGUCUCAGUUUUCACCAUGACUUCAGCUUUAAGUGAAACUUGUAAAUUACUCUAAAGGAACUAUCUAUGGAAAAUGAAAAGAAUAUAACUCAGUUUAAGGGUCUCCAUGGGGAAUUUUUUUAGCCCAGUUGAUGAACAUCAGACGGUAAUCUCAAGCUGAAAAGUGAGAUCCUGAGUGUCAUUUGUUAGUCUGUCUAGCACCUUUUUAACUUAGUCUUUACCCCAAAGGAUAGAGUCCCUGUAUUUCCCAGUACGCUGCGAUGGCACUAUCAACAUAUAAGCAGGUCAAUUUUUAACACCAUAACAAGGAAUGAACUAUAGCAAUCAAUGUUCCAAAGUAGUCCGUGUACUAUAAAUUCAGUAUCUUAACAGAUCAAUUGGCCACUUCCAGACAUCUGGUUUCUCUCAAACAUGAGCGUCUUUUAUCAGGAAGAGCAGCCUCGUCAGUCUAAGAGAUGCAAGUUCCUAGCUUCUGUUCUGAAGGAAGCGUUUUCCAAUUGCCAUGCUUUCGGUGGACAUUCAGGUCCAGAGGAAGAAUAUCCAACAAGUGACAUCGAUGAUGAAUCGGAAGUUGUUGUUUCUGAGAUUCGGAGUCGAGCAAUGGAGAAGAUGAAGCGCAGGCCUAGUCUAACAGCAGAAAACAUUUCCUGGGUGUUUUCUCCUUCGACAGGAGAGCUGUUUAUAACCUCAAAACACGCCAAACGAAGAGACAAAGAUAACGAAGAUGAGGAAAGAGAGGAAUUCUUUUCUGUCGGGAGUUGUUUCUCCUUCUGUUCGAGUGCCGUGAGCAGGGAAGCGUUUCUCUCGGCCAAGGCAAACUUUUCCCGCUGUUCAAGCUUAAACAAGGUUGAUUUCCCAGACUUUUGGAAGUUUGAUCUUCAGGAUUUUCGACGGCGAUCAAUAAUUCAGGAAUUCUGCCACUGCGAGGGGUGGCCAUUUGGGCUGUGCAGGAAGGCUGUGUUGCUCCCGCCUCUGCCGAAAUCCCCUUCCGAAUCUUGGUCUUGGCGUAAAGGCACCAGAUUAGCUAAGACGCCAUAUAUUUAAACAUAGCCUAGUCUUGGUCUUUUUCUGUCUCUUUUACCCUAUUUGGUCUUGGCGAUUGGAAGCAAAGCAAGCUGCCUUCCUCUUUCUAUUUGCUCUUUCAAGUGCUAGAACCAUGCUAAAUACUAGUAUCUAGUCAAAGAAUAAAGAGGUUAAUUAUGGACAUAAGAUUUGUCUGUCUCUCUCUACGGUAAUUAAUCGAUUAUGAACUUCAGACAGGGAGCAAGUAUGCCCCUCUCCACUGUAUCAUAUUUUCCUUA